UUUAGAUACACACUACGCGUACAAGUCGCGUACAGCUGCACGGAUAGGCGGUGUGCUGAUUAACAGAGUGUUAACAGAGGGUUAAUCAUCUCUCAGCUGGGCGAGUUCAUGUGGGCUCAUAACGGGAAAAGAGGCUCAGUCCAGCGGCUGGAGGAGUAACCAGAGCCGUUAGCACACAGUGGGGAGUGGAGGAGCUCCGGUCCAGCGUUGCUCUGUCUGUCUGCUCUCCUCACUGAGCUCAGAAACAGCAUGGUGAAGUUUUUAGUACCUGGAGUCCAGCCUUGUGGAGCUUCACCAUGUGCAGAGCAUGAGACAUCAUCAUAAGACAGCGGAGGCUGCAGCUCUACCAAUGACGCCAUGAGCAGGAGCCCCCAACAGACAUUGAAAACAUUUUUUUACAUAUUUAUUUUUGUUAUUAUACUUUUGUUGACCUUCUAUGCUACGAGUCCUCGUUUACCGUUAUCUACCAAAAGACUCACACUGCCAUGGCCUUUGCGUAUGACACCCCGGCUGCACUCAUUUUUACAAGAACCCUUUCAGAUCCCGAAUGAAGUCAAAUAUUCCAUUAAAAUGUACAAAAAGGGAAAUCAAUUCAAAGUUCCACAAAGGACAAACAAGAGUACCAACAGUAGUCUGGCGGAACUGAUGUGCACACUAAAGAACAGAGUGCAUCUCAGCACAGUAAAAGCCGGAGAUGGACCUUUCUCAGGAGAAAAGUGGGAGAGAUCAUUACCCAAGCAGAGUCUUCAAGAGACACUGGGGAAUCCAAAAACAUGUGCUGUGGUAACAUCAGCAGGAGCUCUAAGAGGCUCUUCACUGGGCAAGGAUAUCGACUCUCACGAUGCUGUGAUUCGAUUUAAUUCAGCACCAAUGAAAGGAUAUGAAAGGGACGUGGGAAAGAAAACCACUGUACGCAUUGUUAAUUCACAGCUUGUAGUGAGUGAGAAGAAAAAGUUUUUCCAAGAUCCUCGUUACCGCACAGGUGUGCUCAUUAUUUGGGAUCCAGCACCGUACUCCAGAGAUCUGGACGAGUGGUACAAACAUCACGAUUAUAAUUUCCAUGAGCAUUACCAUGAGUACCGCAAGGUCCACCCUGAGCAACCAUUCUACAUCAUCAGUCCUUCCAUGCAGUGGGAUCUGUGGGACGUGAUCCAGGAAAACUCGCCUGUGGACAUCCAGCCCAACCCACCGUCCUCUGGAAUGCUGGGUAUCAUUGUGAUGAUGAGUGUGUGUAAGCACAUCAGUGUGUACGAGUUUGUCCCAUCACAGAGGAAGACGGAGCUUUGCCACUACUACAGCUCAGAUAGAAACUGGCAGUGCACUCAGGGACACUACCAUCCGUUAUUGUUUGAAAAGAGUCUGGUGCAGCGCCUGAACCGGGGCGAAGAGGAGGAUAUCUUGGAGUUAGGAAAAGUCACACUGGAUGGGUAUUCACAGUAUACUUGUCCAGACACAAUGCAGAGUGAAAACUCUUUAUGAAGCUCAUUGCAAACACUGUUUCAGCAUGCCACACCCCCAGUGGAGCCAAAUCACAAAAGGGAAGUAUUUAAAUGUGUUUUAAAGCGAGAAUAUGUUUAAGCCCAUUUUUGGUCUUAAAUUAACAGCUUUUAAAAUCAUGUUGAUGAUCAACUGACUUGUAAUAAGAAAAAUGUCUCUGUCAUUUCUGCUGCAGGCUUGGAACGCUGCCUACUGCACUGUUUAACUUUGAUAAAGUGUGCUUGAACCCUCAAGGUCCUUUACUUUCAAUGCCAGUCCUGUAUCUCUCAGCUCAAAAAAUAAAUAAGUCAUUAUUUAGUACUUAGUAACUGGAACACAUUAAGUACACUUUAAGUACAGAAUAAAUGCUGUGAAAUAUGCUAUGUACAGUUGCGAGAAAAAGUAUGUGAACCCUUUGGGAUUUCUGCAUAAAUUUGGUCAUUAAAUGUGUUCUAAUCUUUAUCCAAGUCACAACAAUAGACAAACACAGUCUGCUUAAACUAAAAACACAAAAAAAUUAUUUAAUUAUUGCAUGGUUUUAUUAAACACAACGUUAACAUUCACAGUGCAGGGUGGAAAAAGUAUGUGAACCUUUGGAUUUAAUAAAUGGUUGAUCCUCCUUUGGCAGCAAAAACCUCAACCAAAGGUUUCCUGUAGCUGCAGAUCAGACCUGCACAGCGAUAUUCUUUGGAUAUGAAUGUGAAUCGCUCUCUUGAGGUCAUGCCACAGCAUCUCAUUUGGGUUGAGGUCAGGACUAUAUUUUCUUCUGUUGAAUCCAUUCAGUUGUUGAUUUACUUCUAUGUUUUGGGUCGCUGUCCUGUUGCAUCAUCUAUCCUCUGUUGAGCUUCAGCUGGUGAAAAUAUGGUCUUAAGUUUUCCUGCAAAUUGUCUUGGUAAACUUGGAAAUUAAUUUUUCCACUGAUGACGGCAACCCGUCCAGGCCCUGAUGCAGCAAAGCAGCACCAAACCAUGAUGCCACCAUGUUUUUUAUGGACAGCAGUGGCUUCUUCUGUGGUGUCCUACCAUGAACUCCAUUCUUGUUUAAUGUUUUCCUUAUUGUGGAUUUGUCAAAAAUGUUAGCAUGUGCCAGAGACUUUAGCUGACACUGUAGGAUUCUUCCUCACCUCAUUGAUCAUUGUGCUCUCGCAGUCAUCUUUACAGGACGACUACACCCAGAGAGAGCAGCAACAGUGCUGAACUUUCUCCAUUUGUAAACCGUCUGUCUUACCGUGGACACGUGAACAUCAAGGCUUUUAGAGAUUCUUUUGUAACUCUUUCCAGCUUCAUGCAACUCAACAAUUCUUGAACGUAGGUCUUCUGAGAGUUCUUUUGUGCGAGGCAUGAUUUGCAUCAAAGCAAUGCUUCUUAAGAACAGCAAACACAAAACUAUUUUUUUUUCAUAGGGCAGGGCAGCUUUUUUAAAAAAAAAAUAUUAUUUUUUUUUAUGUAUUUUUUUUGGCCCGCCAAAUUCUGUAUUCCUUUCUCUUGCCAUUAAAAAAAAAUCAGUACUGUUUUUUUCUACAUAUAUCUGGGUUGUUCCAAAUGAGUGUCAUUUUACAUGGAAUUAGUGAGGACUCUUUGAGGACUCUUUAAAAAAUCCCACCAGGCUGUCAGAGUGGUAUUUAUAUUAAGGCUUUUAACGCAAUUAUAAUUUUUAAUACUGGAGCUAAUGAAAGGUAGGUCAGAGAUUUUCAGUUUACCACAUAAUGUUUAAAGCUGUCUGAAGGGCAGCUUUAAACAGCACAUCCAAUCUCAUCAUAUCCUAGCUCUUAGAAAAGUAAUUAGCAUAGGCGUUCAUAUAUUUUCCCCCCUCAUUGUGAAUGUUAACAUGCUGAGUGUAAUAAAACCAUGCAAACAUAUAUUUCUUUGUGUGGUAUUCGUUUAAGCAGAGUGUGUUUGUCUAUUGUUGUGACUUAGAUGAAGAUCAGAACACGAAAAUCCAAGUAAUCCCAAAGGGUUCACAUACUUUUCACAUACGUCUUUAAAAUGAAGAAUACAUCAGUAUUUUAAUUACAUUUUAAUGUAAGUAUAUUUUUGGUAGUUAUGCUUGUACAUUAUAUAAUAAUUAUGAAAGCAACAGCCAGAGCAAUGGGCAACAAUGCUAGUGUAGCCCUGAAUCAACAGUUUACUCUGUGAACAAUAACAAUAAAAGUGCUCUUAUUUCCUAGCACACAGUAAUUACACAGCAACUUUAUAUUAUCUUGUCACUGCCCUAUGCAUUUUUCCUAGCAUAUUUGCUCAGUAAUUAGUGUUCAAUACAGAGAAAACUGACACAUUUCACAAGAAAACACAGCAGAGAAAAGCAGAGCAGGAAAACCCUAACACAAAUAUUUUCUAAUUAUUUAAAUUGUGAACUAGUGAAAACCCUAGUAAAAGCUUCUGAAAUGGUAAAGUGUGGGAGACACUGCAGAACAGUACAUCACCACCAGACUCUGCUAGUUACUGUACAUGAACUUUGCAAAUGCGAACAUGACCUUAUGAGUGUGCCUCUGAGCAAACAAAAAAGGAGAAGCAAGCUGAGUAAACAGGAAACCAGGCUCCUGUACUACCUAACAAUAAAAGAUAGACACAUCAGAAGGGAAAGUAUUUUUUUUACUGGUAAAAUUCAAGAAAUCCAGCCUAGUUAAGUGAGUGGGGUGAAGGUUUAAAGCUUUCCAGGCUUUAAUGUCUUUAGCUUGCAAAAACCAGCACUGACCGAUAAAACUUAUUAGAUGAGAAUAAUUAGGGUUUUGUUGUUUUUCAGGACUUCACCACAAAGGGAAAAUUGAGAUGUGUUGGAUCCUUUUCUGCCAGCUGAGCAAACCUUCCUGCAGCUAGCACACCAACUGGUACAAAAGCUUACACACCUCCUGACUACAGGCAAACACCCAGCACAUUUUCUUACAACUCAAUCCUCCCUAAUGGCAGCACAUUUUGUUUUAUAUUUGUGUGAUGGUGACUAUUGCAGAAUUUUUACUUUCAAAAUGACAUUUAAUUGGUGAUUCAUUAUUCAAAAGACAUUUAUAAGGGGACUAUAAAAUAAAAUGUUUAAUUGAAAAAAAAUUAAAGUAAAUCUCCUAUAAAAGGAAGGUAAAUAAUUAAAAAUAAAUAUAACUUAGUUUCUGAUAUAUGCAGAUCUACUGACAGGAAGCUGGGAGUUGAGUGGUAUGAAAGAUGGUGUGUUGGUCAGUACUGGUAUAGCUGGGACACUUUCUGACCUGACAGAGAAGGAUCCAACACCUAUUUGGGGAAAUCGGCAUUUAAUUCUGAGGCAAAAUAAGAGUCUUAUAUAUAUAUAUUUUUUUUUUACCUCUAUCAAUGUCUCACAAUAUUUCAACAAUUAGUUUGUAAACACUGUAGUGAGCAGCUUAAAACAGUUAACUAAACCAAAGACAAAACAAUGCGGUCGUAAAAUAGAUUUUAUUGUAUUUAAUAUAAUUUAUAUAUUUAUAUGAUAGAUUUGGGUGGAACCGCAGACCUGAGAGUUACUGGACCGCUGAGAUUACAGACCACUGCCAGAAUGCAAUGCUUUGCCUCCCUCUAGUGACUAGAUUUAUAUUCUUGCCUCAGAAGGAAGUGUGUGUGUGUGGUUUUAUAAGUUUGAUGAAUGUGUUAAAAUUAUAAUUUAUUAUUUACUGUGCUUCAGAAACUGAACUUAAAGGCGUCUGAGAUGUGAUUAUAUAAAUGUAAUAUUCAUCUGUGGUGGUCUGUAAGUUAUUUAUUGAGAAGCUCAAUAUUCUAUACUACCACCAACCUUAUUGAUUACAGAGUCUAAUUGUAAUUAUGUGUACUGAAUGAGGUCCAAUGUAACAGAAUGUGUUUCAUUCAAAAACAACAUUUACUGUCUAAGAAUCAGUUUUUUUUUACAUUUGCAAACAUGCAUUUCUCAUGUUGUGUUAAAGAGAUUCUAUUCAGACACUCACAAAAAAGUAUGGGAUAGCAAAGUACAAAUAAACUGGAUAAACUGUGACAGAUGUUUUUUUUAUUAUUGUUGUUUAACUGCAUUUAGACAAGUAUUUCGGGAGACUCACCUGUUUUUGUACCACAAAUGGAUCUUUCGUUUAUCAAAGCUAACUGCCCAUCAGCCCAUGCUUACUGAUUGGAUUCCUCAGCUGUGACUUUUUAUUAUUCGCAUGUUAUUAUUCAUACAUAAACAAAGAAUAAGAACAGAACAAUGCUAACUGUAUUACCUGUUAUUAGCAUGUAAUCUUAAUUGUAAAUAAAGUUAAAAUUGUGACAA